AGCAGGGAUUGGGAGGCCAGGCGGGGGGUCCUUUGCAUGUUCCUCUCUGUAUGUCCCACCUCUGUUGGCUUCUUUUAUUGCCUCUCCCCUGCACUGUCAGCUGUUCCCACAUCUGGCAACUUCUCCCUACCUCUGUUUCCUGUUCUCUGCCUCUGUCUUCUACUGUUUUGGUUUUGUCCACCCUUUUGUCAUCUCUCUGCAACUGUUCCAUUACUGUUCACUUCUUUUUUUUUAAGUCAGCCAUCUAUCCAUCCAUUCAGCACAUUUACUGAGCAUCUGUUGUGUGUCAGGCACUGUUAGACAUGUUGGGAGGAUAACAUGAAUAAAAUUCUACUAUUCUCUGACCUCAUAGAGCUGGUGUUCUAGUGGGAGCAGACAGAAAAGAAACAAAUGAUUGAACUAUAAAGCAUGUCAAAAGAUGAUAGGCACCAUGGGGAAAUAAUGAAAAUGAGAGAGAGGGAGGGAAUACCUGGAGGAAUUUUGAGUAAAGUGGAGAAGGCCUCACUGCCUUUAGCAUAAAGACCUAAAGCAGCCAAGGGAGUGGGCUAGGGCACAUCUGGAUAAAGAGCAAUCCAGGUAAAGUGAUUGGCACAUACAAAGGACUUGAGGUAGGAGGGUGAAGAGCGAGAUCACUGUGGCUGGAUCAGAGUAAGCGUGAGAGUGGUAGGAGGUAAGGUCAGUGAGGUGGUGGGAAUCAGAUCCUCAGGUGGAUCUUUCUGGGCCACAGUGGUGACUUUGGCUCCUUCACUGAGACAAGAGCAUGGAGAAAGCCAUGGGAUGGUUGUGAGCAGAGGAGGGCCAUGCCUGAUGUGUGUCUUGACAGGAUCCCUCUGGCUGCUGUGAGCAGUGUGAGGGCUGAGACCUGGGGAGGGGAGGCCGCUGUAGUCAUCCAGUAACCGGCCUCCACGAUGUUGAUGAGUAUAUGCAGGCCCAGCUUCUCCUAGCUGCUCUGAAUAUUGCUACACACGUCUUGAAGCCAGGGGGCUGCUUUGUGGCUAAGAUCUUCCGAGGCCGGGAUGUGACGCUGAUCUAUAGCCAGCUGCGUGUCUUCUUCUCCAGCGUGCUCUGUGCCAAGCCCAGAAGCAGCCGGAACUCCAGCAUUGAGGCCUUUGCUGUCUGUAAGGGUUACGACCCCCCUCAGGGCUUCCUGCCGGACCUGACCAAACCCCUGCUGGACCACUCUUAUGAUCCAGAUUUCAACCAGUUGGAUGGCCCCACCCGCGUCAUUGUGCCAUUUGUGACCUGUGGGGACCUGAGCGCCUAUGAUUCAGACCGCAGUUACCCACUGGACCUAGAGGAUGGCUCAGAAUACAAGUACACUCCACCCACGCAGCCCCCCAUCUCACCACCCUACCAGGAGGCCUGCGCAUUGAAGAAGAAGGGGCAGCUGGCCAAGGAGAUCUGCCCCCAGGACUGCCCCAUGAGCACAGUGGACUUGUUGCCCCAGUCCCUGGCCACUCCACAGCGCUACACCCAGCAGACCUCUGAGGUGGAAGACGGAGUGAAUUGCUCAUCUUAACACAUGAAGUUAGCUGGCAAUCUGAUAAGGACUCGGAAGCUGUUUGCUGUCAGGAAAACCAGAACUUGAGUUGAUGAACUUGUUUUCAAAUACCUCGUCUACCCAUCCUAACAGGCUCUGAGUAGGAACCUCGAGCAACCACCACAAACACAACAAGGAAAGAAACAUCCCGGCGUGCCCGUCUGCACUGUAGGGGGGAAUCUUGAGUAGGGUCUUGCCUUUCUCUAAAUCUUUCCAGCCCUGUGUCCUGAAUAUGUCCAGAACUCACCCUGAAAGCAGGGCUUCUUAACCCUGGGUAGAAGUCAGGGGUAUUUGUGAACUUGAUGGAGGGAAAUCAGUUCAGUUUUACUAACUGAAAUUUUAGCUUUCCUCCAGAAUCUGAAUGCUGGCAGCAAAUCAGUAUUGUAAAGUUACUUUUGCAGUAGUAAAAGCAGUGCCUGCAACUUUCCCACCAGUACAUAUCAAAGUUACUUGUUUAUGUUGUUACAGUUGUUACAACUUAUUACAGUUGUCAUGGGCAUCUUAAAAUAUUGGUCACUACUUUGGAUAAGAUCUUUUUUAAUUUAUUUUUUUAAUUGAAGGAUAAUUUCUUUACAGAAUUUUAUGGUUUUCUGUCACAAAUCAACAAGAAUCAGCCAUAGGAACGCCCAGGUCCCCUCCUUCCCAACUCGCUUCUCAUCCCA